GGGAGCUAAAGAAAUGGAAGUGACAGCGCCAAGCUUUGCAAAGGCACUGAAACACCAGCUAAAAAUUUUGUCAAAGAAGACCGAGCCUAUUGGAGCCGGGGAGAGAGAGAGGGAGAACCAGGGAGCUCUCCCCUCCAAAAAGGAGGCAGCUUGGCUGGCCCCACAGCCCUAGGUCCAAGUUGGGGGCCCAGGAGCCCAUUGCUGGGUAGCCAGGCAUGUCUGUGCCUUCCAGCUGCCUGGAGGAUGCAGCGAAGCAGAGAGCAGCUCGAGAUGGCAAGAUGAGGCGAGAAGAAGGGGACGAUCCCCAACCCGAGGGGAAGAGACUGAAGCUGGGGAAUGAAGGAGGACACAGUGGGAAGGAAGGAGCAGAGGAAGGCGGAGAGGGGGGACCAGAAGGCAAGCAGGAGAGGAUCUUUGGCGCCCAGAGAGAAGGGUCUGGGUCCCAGACAGAGGGAGAAGGCCAAACUGGCCAUAAAUCUGCCGUAAUAGACUUGACUACGGGUGCCAGGAAUGCUCCUCAAGGUCCAGACUAUGAUGAAAGAAGAACCGGAGAGGAGGACGAAGAAAACGAGGGCGCCAUGUCAUGGAGCCAAAUCCCAGGGCUGGAUUUCCAAGCCCUGAAUCUGGCGUCAUAACAUAAAACAACCCUGCAAGCACCUGGCGGGAGAAGAUAAAAUGAGCCUGGGAACUCAGGGUUGAAAGUAUAAACAAUUAUAAUUGAUGUAGUGUGUGGGAAUGGUAGUAAUGUGAUCCGGAGGGUGGGGUUUGAUGAUGAUAUUUGCGUGUACUAUUACGUUGCAUCAGAAGUGAUAAAAUUGAAUGUAUGUAAACAUUAGGUCAUUCUCGACUUUUCCAAAGUCAUGUAUUCUUCAAUAAAGAUUGGAUUUGAGAGCAGCUAUCUUU